AGGGAUGAAGAAAACAGCGGACGGUCACGCGUGUCCAGCAUGCGCACAUACAGCUCUGCGCAUCUCAUCUCAUCAUGACCGGGGCUCACCUCAACUAUAGCGUCUGUCCUUGAAUUGUACAGUUCUUGGAUUUGUGGACUACUGGGACUAAUAUAUAUAUUUUAACAACUUCUUUGUUUAGCUGUAUAAAAGUUGAAGAGAACAGCUUUUGGACUGUUGUUUGACUGAUUUCUUAAAUUUAUGUAAUUUGUUGAAAGUCCUAAGAAGGAAGAAAUAACACGAACAACCAGCAGAAACAACAUCACAAAGCUAAUUUAUUCAAGGAUCCGCGCAUUGACUAAAAGGAAAUAAACAUGUCCAGCAGAAGCAUCGAGUGGGAGCAUUUCGAGGAGCGCGAGAAGAGUCACCGGUCCCCGCGGGGCAGUGGCGGUUCUCAUUCCGGCUCGCGGGGUAACGGGCUCGUGCCCAGUCCCGCUCACAGUGCGCACUGUAGUUUCUACCGCACACGCACACUGCAGUCGCUCACCUCCGAGAAGAAAGCGAAAAAAGUUCGCUUCUAUCGGAACGGUGAUAAGUACUUCAAUGGCUUGGUGUACGCGGUGUCCGGUGACCGCUUCAGAUCUUUCGACGCGCUGCUGAUGGAGCUCACCCGCUCACUCUCGGACAAUGUGAAUUUACCGCAAGGAGUCCGGAACAUCUAUGCUAUGGAAGGAGGGAAGAAGAUCACCAGCCUGGAUGAGUUACUAGAAGGUGAAAGCUAUGUGUGUGCUUCCAGUGAACCCUACCGUAAAGUGGACUACACCAAGAACAUCAAUCCCAACUGGUCAGUCAAUGUGAAGUCGGGCACAUCCCGCUCGUUGCCAUCACUUAUCACCUCGAAGAACGAGCUACGAGAACGAGAGAGCAAAGAUUUCAUCAAACCCAAGUUGGUGACGGUCAUCAGGAGUGGUGUCAAACCCCGUAAAGCUGUCCGGAUACUCUUGAAUAAGAAGACUGCGCACUCUUUUGAGCAAGUGCUCACAGACAUCACUGAUGCCAUUAAACUGGAUUCUGGUGCUGUGAAAAGACUUUAUACUCUGGAGGGCAAACAAAUUACAUGUUUGCAAGACUUUUUCGGGGACGAUGACGUAUUCAUCGCGUGCGGCCCUGAGAAGUACCGUUAUGCGCAGGACGAUUUUGUGUUGGAUCACAGUGGUAAUGCUUCCACAGCCUUUAUAACCGAAUGUCAGGUCCUCAAGUCGUCCUAUUCUCCUCGUUCUGCUCCCCCUGUGAGAUACCCUGGUAGUAAAAGUCCAGGACCCACCCGCCGCAGCAAAUCCCCUGGAUCUGUGAGAAGAACAGCAGGACACUUCUCUGCAAAUAGUCAGUCUCCAGUCAAAUCACCAAUAAAUGGAGUGCCGAACAGCCAAAUCACUACCCCCAAAUCUGCAAAAUCCUCCAGUUCCUCCCCGACCAGCCCCCGCAGCAUGCGCAAUUUCAAGAUUCCAGCACAUCACUCCUCUGCAAUCAAUGUGAACGGCUCCUCUGAGACUCCCCAACAACAUAACAACAGUGUGAGCCCUGAAGUUAAUGGAAACAGGAACCUUGCUGCUUCCACUAUUUUGGACAAGUACAAAAUUGGCAAAGUUAUAGGUGACGGGAACUUUGCUGUGGUAAAGGAGUGUGUCGAACGAUCCACUGGAAAGGAGUUUGCACUGAAGAUCAUCGAUAAAAACAAAUGCAGAGGCAAAGAGCACCUGAUCGAGAGUGAGGUGGCAGUGUUGAGGCGUGUUAAGCAUCCUAAUAUCAUCAUGCUGAUUGAGGAGAUGGAUACGCCCACUGAGCUCUAUCUAGUCAUGGAACUUGUGAAGGGUGGAGAUCUGUUUGAUGCAAUCACCUCCUCGACAAAAUACACUGAAAGAGAUGCUAGUUUAAUGGUAUUCAACCUGGCGGCGGCUCUCAAAUAUCUGCACAGAAUGUGUAUCGUCCAUCGAGACAUCAAACCUGAGAAUCUGCUGGUGUGUGAGUACCCUAAUGGUAUAAAGUCAUUAAAGUUGGGUGAUUUUGGCUUAGCCACAGUGGUUGAAGGGCCGCUUUACACUGUUUGUGGAACACCUACUUAUGUUGCCCCAGAAAUCAUAACAGAGUCAGGAUAUGGGCUAAAAGUGGACAUCUGGGCAGCUGGAGUAAUUACCUACAUCCUCCUAUGUGGCUUUCCACCUUUCCGCAGUGAGAAUAACCUCCAGGAGGACCUUUUUGAUCAGAUUCUAGUGGGGCGUUUAGAGUUCCCAUCACCCUUCUGGGACAAUAUCACAGAUUCUGCUAAAGAGUUGAUUGGGCACAUGCUGCAGGUGAAUGUGGAGGCCAGAUACACAGCGGAGGAUGUUCUGUCUCACCCCUGGGUCACGGUAAAUGAGGAUUCUGCGAUGGAAAACAAUAUGAAGAUGGAGGUAGCAGGUAAACUCAAAAAGCACUUUAACUCUGUGCAGAAACAGAGCAACAUUUCCCCUGGAGUCUCUGUUAUUGUGAACACAGCUCUAGAUAAGGAAACCAUCCAGCUUUCUCGCCGGCGUCAGGACCGCAGCCCCCCUCCUCCAGGAAAGAGCCCUUCCUCCACCCACCCAGAGAGACGAUGCUCCCAUAGGGGACGCUCAUCUGUCCAAUCGGAGGACUCUAGGAGUGCUGCUCCCAUUGAGCCUUUAGCCUCAACAACCCCCAAUGCACCAUCAGCACCUCUGCCCUCCCCUCACUCUGCCCAACCUCCCCACUUCCCAGAAUGCAGUGCUGAGGCUGAGGUCAGCAAGGGCCUGCAGAAGAAAGAAUAAUACUACUUAGGGAAACAAUAUGGAGACAAUUUCAAAUAUAAAUGCAUAAAUACAUAUAUAGCAACUAUGCGAAUCUUUGAAACUUCAAACUAGCUAAAAGGCUAGAAUACACUACAUGACUUUUGCCCCGAUUUGUACAGUCUGGACGAGUACAUUGUCCAAAGUAAGAGCCAGUCUGCAGAUUUCACAAAAAAAAAUUGUGUAUGUUGAGCAGCACAGACUACAAUGUCUUUAGUUACAGAUUAUGAUUCCACCAGUUAAGAGAAUAUCAAACGUUGAUAUUUGACACGAUUAUAGAACACAUAUAUUUGUGUGUCUCCUUGCAAUGAGGUGAGUUUGUUCUGAGUGUUCUGAGUGAGUUUCUUGUAUUUGGAAAGGCUUGAAAGCAGAGUUGCCAGGUCUGCGAAACAAAACUAUACCAGUGAUUAAUCAAAAAUGGGCCAAAACUAGCCCAAUAACCCUAUCCCAAAUAUCAAAACUUAAAAUAUGCCUAAAAUAAAUUUUUUACAGUUACUGU